CCACUAGGCCCGCCUGCCGCUCUUUGACGGCACCUUGGACAUCAUUCACAGCGUUAACACUGUCAAAUACCUCACACUCCCAUUUCCUCCCCCCUCACACGCUCUCUCAGUGCCUUUCCGGUUACCUCAUCCUCUCUCCCCUUAUUCGCCUUCCCUCCUUUCCCUUCUCUCCCUGUCUCACCAGGCACGCCUGCCGUUCUUUGAUGGCACAUUGGACAUCAUUCACAGCGUCAACAGUGUCAAGUACCUCCCCAUGCUAGAGUUUGAAGAGCUCAUAUUCGAGUGGGACCGCGUGUUACGAGUCGGUGGCGUCAUCUGGUUGGAAAUGUUCUACGCCCCUCUAGACGAGUUCCCAGUGUAUGUGGCUCUCCUGAGCCUUCUAUCCUACAACCGCCUGCACUGGCGCGUGCUGCCAAAGCCGGACCCGGGGGAGCGCAAGGGGCCCCAUGUGUACCUGAACUGCCUUCUGGAGAAACCUGUUAGGAGGGAGGAGGGGUGGCAGGAGGAAGUGAAGAGUGGGGAAGGGGGAGAGGGGAGUAGAGAGGAGAGGGGGAGGUUGGAAGAGAAGAGAGAAGAGGGGGAGAUAGAGGGAGAGAAGAGGACUGAGAAGGGUGGGAAGGCGGAAUCAGGAAGUAGAGUGGAGGGGGAAGCUAAGGAAGGAAGGAGGAGCGAAGAGGCAGGGAGGGAGGAAGGAAGUACACGAGAGGGGGGGGGAAGGGAGGAAGGGAAGCGAGAGGAGGGGAGCAGAGAGGUGGGGAGAAGGGAGGAAAAAAAGAGAGAAGAGGGGAGCGUAAUGGUGGGGGCGAAAGAAGAGGAGGUGAGGGAGGAACCACAGAGAAGAGAGGAGGGUGGAGUGGAGGCAGAUGGGAGAGAGGAGGGGAGAGGAGGGUGGAGUGAAGACGCGGGGACGAGCAUGGAGAAAUUCGCGAGAGAGUGGUACAGGGAGGAAGAGGGAAGCAGGGAGGAGGGGAGUAGCAGAAGUGAGGAAGAGAAAGCCGCCCUUAAGCGCUUAGCAGCGAGGGUGCAAGAGGGGAGGGAGAGGAAGGCAUGGUGGCGGUGGUUCGGCUGAUGAAAGUUGAAGGAAGGAAGGAACCUCGUGCAGACGCUGCUUCUUGUGUCAUGGAAACAUGUCAGGGGAGAGGAGGGCGAGAAGGUGUCGGAGGGGAGAGAGAGGAAGACGUGGUGGCGGUGGUUCGGAUGAUGAGAGUGGGAGGAAGAAGCUGCAUGCAAGAGGGGAGAGGAAACAUGUCAGGGGAGAGGAGGGCGAGAAUGUGCAGGAGGAGAGGGGAGGGAGAGGAAGGCAUGGUGGUGGUGGUUUGGCAGAUGAGGCUGGGACGCAUCAGGGACCCUAUAUGGUGGAAAGGCAAUGCCUUGCAAGAAUUCUUGCAUACAUGUAACAUGCUGAAGGCACUCAACGCAUCGUUCUUCUGUGCUUGAGACUCCAGUCAGGCUAUCCAUCUCUGGCAAACGCGAAAUCAGGAGAAUCAUGUGGUGGGCGGGAGUCCCAUAAAUUGCUAGUAAUUUGGUGAAGAAUGAAGUCCGUUGGUGCAAUGAGUGAACCUAGUUUAGUACGGCGCCCGCCAGUGUAUUAUCUGCUUUACAACCGGGGUUUAAUGAUUCAAAUCAGACCUUCAGUGUGUAUUUUACAAACUGUGGGACAGUCUGGCCUUUGGGA